AAUUACUGAAGAGAGAGGGGUAUUGGGAAGAUGUAUAGAUCAGGAAGCGCUAAUAGAGUAUGGGAUGAUUACGUGAAGUACGAUUCAUCAUCUUCUUCUUCAUCGAAACAUUCUCCUGCAAUUAUUAAAGGUUUGUCUCUAGAAACAAACAAUGGCGAAUUCAACCAGCCGCCAAUCUCCUCCGAUCACGCGGCCAAGAAAGAAAGGGCUCGUACAAAGCUUGCUGAGAAUGCCGUCCAUUUAAUUCCUUUGGUUCUUUUCCUAUGUGCUUUCGUUCUUUGGUUUUUAUCCAAUCCUGAUAUUGAAGUUCCAAUUGGCGGGGAUGCGGUGGCGGCGAGAAUAGAGGGGAUGACGAUAGAAGGGGACGUGGAUAGCAGCGAUGGUACACAAACAGGGAAUUUGCCACUGGAAUCGAAUGGCCGCAAAAAAUCAAAAUAGUUUCCGUCCAUGAGCAAUCAAGCUUAAUUAAUUAUAUGAGGAUCAAUUUGACACUGUGGAAGCUAGCUAGACAAUUAUUUUUAUGGAUUAAGGUUAAGUAGAUAAGAUUAUUUAGAAAAACAAUUCAGGAAUGAAAGAGGCUACGGCUAAUUUUUACAUUUCGUUGGGAAAUAAUAAGGUACCGGUUAUCUCUUGUUCGGAAACUAGAGCAGGUUGUGAUGGUUACCAUUGAAUUGAGCUAACAUUUUUUUUCAAAC